UCUUUUUUGUAAUUUGUGUGUGUUCUUUUUUGGGUGAAUUUCCCCAAUCAUCCUUUGAAAAUAAAAAUUUUCUUUUAUAAGGGUCUCUUUCUUCUUCCCCCAUUGAUUUCCUCUAAAAGAGGUUGCCAUUGCCAUCACUUUUGCUUCUCCAUUUCCUCCAUUGAUGUGUGAUUUCAACACAACUUUGUUUACACAGAAAUGGGGUUUCUUGAUUCUUUGUUUGGAAGAGAUUCAAGAAAGUUUAUCAAAAGAAAAGAUAGCGAUGCUGGUGAAGCAGAAGUUCUCAUACUCUAUAAAUCCACAGGCCGAGCGCUCGAAGAAAUCAGAGGUUCGCUUUAUAAUGAACUUCGAACUUCUGAUGGGGCGAAACGGCAACAGCAGCGAUAUUGCGGACCUGUUGUGGCAAUGACAUUCAAUUUCAUGGUUGCUGUUGGAAUUAUAAUGGCAAACAAAUUAGUAAUGGGAAGAGUUGGAUUUAACUUUCCAAUAUUUCUCACAUUAAUACAUUACACUAUUGCAUGGUUUUUACUCGCAAUUUUCAAGGCACUUUCUUUGCUUCCUGUUUCCCCUCCUACCAAAACCACUCCUUUCUCUUCUCUUUUCUCCUUAGGUGUUGUCAUGGCUUUUGCUUCAGGUCUUGCCAAUACAAGUCUAAAGCAUAACAGUGUUGGAUUCUACCAGAUGGCUAAAAUUGCAGUAACUCCCACAAUUGUUUUUUCAGAGUUCAUACUCUUCAAGAAAACCAUUUCUUUUAAAAAGGUAUUGGCUUUGUCUGUCGUCUCCAUCGGUGUUGCGAUUGCAACCGUAACAGAUUUAGAGUUCAACCUAUUCGGCGCCUUGAUAGCAAUUGCUUGGAUAAUCCCAAGUGCCAUAAACAAAAUACUUUGGUCGAAUCUGCAACAACAAGCGAGUUGGACGGCAUUAGCGUUGAUGUGGAAAACUACACCAAUUACAAUAUUUUUCUUACUUGCUCUCAUGCCUUGGCUGGAUCCACCAGGAGUUUUAUCUUUUAAAUGGGAUCUUAGUAGUUCAACUGCUAUUUUGACAUCAGCUCUUCUUGGUUUUCUCUUGCAAUGGUCUGGAGCUUUGGCACUUGGUGUUGUUGUUCAAUUUUGUGCAGUGCAACCUCUGCAACAUCUCAUGUUGUUUUGGGACAGUUCAAGACUUGUGUGAUUCUGCUUGGAAGCUAUUUUGUUUUUGGGUCCGAUCCCGGGUUCGUCAGCAUUUGCGGAGCGAUUACAGCACUCGGUGGAAUGUCUGCUUACACAUCCCUUAACCUGCGGCAACAACUUGACAACAAGCAACAACUUCCAAAGCAUAACUUGGCGAUACCGAAAACCGAAGACAGCAUCGUUGAAGAUGCUCCAAAGUCAGAUGUACAAAAUUCUGAUGUUGCUGUAUAGAGAUUUUGAAUGAACCAUUUGAGUUAUCAUGAGUUCGAUCUAAAGGUUUUUUUUGUUUUCUUUUUAAUGGUAAAUUGAGGGUAGUAAAUAUCUUUC